AUGUACAGAGCUAAUCGUGUGAGCUUGAAGAAGCCAGAGGCCGUCAAAUGGGCCGAGAUCAACGUCAAAGAAUUCGACUCGAUUUGCCAGAAUUUGCGAGAGGCCUGUCCCGAUUUGGAGCCCCCCAAACCCCUCAGAUCCAAAGCCAACCCAAACACUCCCGGCAAAACCCCUACCACUGAGAGCGCAUCAACCGAUACACGCCCAACAACUGCACAUGGUAUAGACUCCACAGUCAACGAGGACAACAUUCCCGCGACAGGCAAGAGUGGGAAGAAGACAGUUCGGAACACUAGAGCUAAGACACAUACACCCACACCCACACGUGCGCAAAGCAACGGUGAAUGUGCUGGUGAAUCAACUGCGGUUAGAGAGAGCAAUGAGUCAGAGCGCCUUACGGAUAGCGAGAAGGAUGGAGAUACGAAUACGCACACACAGGGAAAUACAGCGGGAGACACACACACCCGAACACCCGGACACGCGCAUGGAAGCAUGCAUAAGGUGUUAGACGAAGGCGUAGGGUCUGAUAAGGAGAGUGCGGUGAUUAGAAGCAGGUCUGUAGUCACCACCAAGCGUGCCGAUGGGCUGAUGGCAGCCGCGAAACUCCAGGCCACACCGAGCACCUCGGCCAAUCAGAUCGCAGAGAAUAGAAAACGUCGCCCAAUGAAAACGACGGAUAGCAGCAGGAAGUUCACACCGGGAAAACCGAGCAAUCUGGCUGGUGGAGCCCGGAAGAAACUGAAAACUAAUGAGAUGGAACCGAUAGAGGAGCGAGAAGGCGAGACAGAGUUGCAAACUCAGAGUGGAGUAGCGAAGGGUCUAAGAUUCUUUCAAACUGAUCGCAACAACGAGAGCUUCGCCGAGUUUUCCGCCAGGAUCAUCGCCGCAGCCAGACUGAAACAGAAACUAGCUGUCAAUAAGAACGACGUGUCAGGUGUCGGUGUCAGUGUCAGUGCGGAGGAUGUGCCCGCACUCGGCACAGCGGGGAUGGCAGCGUGACG